AUGGGUGACGAAAAACCUUUGACAGCCAAGCUGGAGGCAUUCAUGGAACAAAUGGCUACAAGGCAACAAGCAUUAGAGGAGCAGGUGGCGAUGUUAUCUCUUUUGGUCCAAAAGACAACGAAAGGGGAUUCAGAAAAAAAUAAUGAAGAACAAGGCAGCAAUGGAGGAGAGGCACAAUUAUGGUUUGAUCAAAUCGAAGAAGAGGAGGCAAAUCUGGAUUGGGAACGCUUCAGAGAGUGUUGUCAUAUCAGGUUUGGGCCACCUAUGAGUAAUAACCCCUUGGGGGAACUUGCAAACUUGAGACAAACUGAGACGGUAGAAGAAUAUCAACGCCAAUUUCAAUCACUACUUGCUAGGACUACUGAUCUUAAACCUCGACAACAAGUAAACCUUUUUACUGCUGGAUUGGUAGAGGAACUUAGAAUUGAUAUUAAGAUGCAACAAGCGAGAAACCUUGGAGUUGCAAUGAAUAUGGCUCGAGCUUUGGAACGUAAACAAAAAAUCUCUUCCAAGAUGUUAUCUCAAACCAAUCUAAACGGUGAACUUCCUAAAACAACGACAAAGAAUUCAAUCAUUCCAACAACUCGAAACAUUGCAAAGGGAAGGGACAAACAAUAG